AAAAGUACGAUGAUGCUGUAAUCAGGCCUAUGAAUAAUGACGAGAUUUGCGGAAAUUUAAUCGAUGCAUUCAUUGCGGGAACUGAUACUACCGCAAAUUUAUUUUGCUUUAUAGUUUACUAUCUCGCACAUCAUCCGCAUGUUCUAGCCCGUUUCCGUCAAGAACUUGACUCAAUAUUCCAAGAUGAUAUGUCACGAAAAAUCACACUUAAAGAUUUAAAUAAUCUUAAAUAUUGUGAAUCAAUAAUUAAAGAAAUAUCUAGAAUACAACCUGUACUUUCCACAAAUGUUCGUUUAAACUCUGAAAAAGAUGAAAUCUGUGGAUAUAUUUGGCCUGCUAAUACUGACUUUAUGCUAUUUUAUGGUGCUAUGGCUAAGCGUCCUGAAGCAUGGAAUGAACCACUAAAAUUCAAUCCUGAUAGAUUUUAUAAUUAUCUGACUAAUGAAGAACAUGAAGAUUUAGAAAACCAUAAAAAUAUAGGCGAAAUAUCUGAAAAUGGAGAUGAUAUUGAAAAUUCAUUUGUGAUGUUUGGAGGUGGGUUGCGUAUGUGUCCAGGAAGGAAAUUAGCAAUGAUUGAAUUAAAAUGUUUAGUAACUAUGAUUUAUAGAAAAUAUGAUGUUGAAUUAGUUGAUAUGAAUGCUCCACUCAAAACUAAAUCUAAUAUCUUUACAACUUGUGAUGAGUUAUUAUUUAGACUAAAAUUAAGAAAAUAG